GGGAAUUUCUGUCUCAGAAACCCUUUCAGGCGACUAGUACCCACUCAGACCUACAAUGAGUCGGAGUUUAGGGAUUCCGGUGAAGCUGUUACACGAGGCCGCCGGACACAUAGUGACGGUGGAACUCAAGAGUGGAGAAGUCUACAGAGGAAGCUUGGUUGAAUGCGAAGAUAACUGGAACUGCCAAGUCGAAAACGUCACUUUCACCGCUAAGGAUGGGAAGGUGUCACAACUUGAGCAUGUCUUCAUUCGAGGCAGCAAAGUUAGGUUUAUGAUCAUACCAGACAUGCUUAAGAAUGCUCCUAUGUUCAAGCGAUUAGAAGCUAGAAUUAAGGGUAAAAGUUCAGCACUUGGUGUUGGUCGAGGCCGUGCUGUUGCGAUGCGAGCUCGGGCUCAGGCUGCUGGCCGUGGUGGUGCUGCUGCUCCUGGGAGGGGGAGGUGAAGUGAUCGAUCUCUAAGUCAGUUACUUUCGAACGUUGUCUGUGCCACAGGUUUAGGUUUAUUGUUUUAAAAUGCAAACUUGAAAUAGAUUUGGGAUGAUUUAAAUCGGCGCAUAGUUUUAGUGGUAAUUGUAUUGGCACUUGUAUUUUCUUGAACGCAACUCAUAGCCUGCAAGGUGGAUUGGCGUCUGGCCACUCAUUCUACAAGUAUGCCUAUUUCUUUAAGUGUUUUGGUCGGUCCAUAUGAUGUUAUUUGAUGUCUUGAAUAUUGUUUGCCGGAUUCAAUGAAUUUGAUUUGUUCAUUGUAUUGUACGAAACACUGUGAGAUACCUCUCUUUAAAUUCGAUUUGAUUUAAUGCAAGAUAUGCAAGUAUUGUUGA